AUGAGGAGAAAGAUGGCCGAGGGCUCGAGGGAGCUCCAAAUGUGGCUCGGUGCGAACGUGAGCGAGGCCUACCGCGCGCCGGUUUCGGCCGUGGCCGACACGCUCGAAGACCUCCGCUGCUCCGACCUGGACGAGCUCGAAUCGCUGCUGGCACUCAACUCGUGGCCGGUCCUGACGCGGCGACGAUUCGUCGACGCCUGGCGCGAGCUGAAGGGCGAGGGUGCAGCGCCCGCGCCGAUGGCCGUCGAUACGCCGGAGCCCGUAGCGGAGCCCGUGGUCGAGUCCGCGCCGGAGCCGAGGUCGGAACCCGCCCCAGUGCCGGAGCCCGCCGCGAACAUGAACGCGCCGCCGCGGCGGCGGGCGCACGCGCCAGCGCGGGUGAACGAUAGCUCGGGCCGCUACUUGUGCCCGGCGGGGUGCGGCAGAUCAUUCGCCCACGGCCCGGCGGCGGUGUCGCACGGCAAGAGCUGCGGCAAGCUACCACCCGCCGCCAAGCGACAGCGCGCCGAGUCCGAGUCCGACGACGCCGCCGCUGAGCCGUCGCGAUGGCUCAGAGGCGGCUCGAGGCCCAAGCUCGAGAAGCCCGAAACUUAUAAAUGUGGCGGCUGCGACCGCGCCUUCACGACGCUCUCGGGCCGGUCGAACCACCACCGCUACUGCGAGGCGGGGCGCGCCUUCGCGGCCGCCGAGGCGGCAGCGCGCGCGCUCGCGGCGUCGGACGACGACAUCGCCUCGUCGGCGUCGCCGACGCCGACGCCUCCUUCCUCGGACUCGCCGCGCGCCGUCUCUCAAAAACGGUUCCCCUGCCCGGCCGGCUGCGACCGCUUCUUCACGCACGCACCGGCUGCGGUGCAGCACGGGAAGACGUGCGCCGCGAAGCAGAAGGCCGCGCGGGAAAGGGCCUUCGCCCAAGAGGCGUCGCCGCCUGCACCCUUCACGUCGCCGCCCGAAACGCCGCUCGCCGACGCUGAGGCCCGCGACCUGCCGCUGGCGGCGCAGUCGCCGCCUCCCACGGCCGUGACGGCGUCGCCGCCAUCGCCCCCUUCACUGACUGCGGACCCUCCCACCGGCACGUGCCUUUGUGUGGAAAUCAAAUUUCGGGCGCCCCACGAUGGCGUGGAGGUUCACGAAGGUCCAUGCUAUUUCUCAACACAGGCGCCACCUACCGGGCGAGCCGCGUCGCGCCGAAGGUCGUCCCUGUGGCCCCGCCGACGCUGGCGCCGGCGCCGAGCGUCGCGGAGAUCCGCGCCGCGUACCGGCGCGAGCAGGCGGCGCGGCGGCCGGCCAAGCCCGUCGUGCCGCCGGCGCCGCCGUCGCCCGUCGCCUGGCCGGCGCCGUCGCCGCCCCCGACGGCCGUGACGGCGUCGCCGCCGUCGCCCCCGACAUUGACCGCGGACCCGCCCAUGGGUGCGACCUACCGGGCUUCUAGGUUUGCGGGCUGCUGCUGGGACGCGAGGAUUAGAAGGUGGCGCGCGAACAUACAAGUCAAGGGCUACCGCAUCCCGCUCGGCGACUUCGAGGACGAGGCCGACGCCGCGCGGGCCUAUGACGCGGCGCGCACGAAGUGGAAGGCGUUGAUGAAGAGCGCCAGGGUGCCCCUGAACUUUCCCGACGAGGCGCCGUCCACAAUGACGCUGGCCGCGCUGCCGCCGCUGCCCGCCUCAUUACGAGAAGAGGUGCCGCCGCCGCCGCGCCGACAGAACCCGCCGGCCGCGAUGACCCGUGCGACGACGCGUGGCGUGUCGCGUGCGGUCAACGCGGCAGUGAUGCGGGAAAUCACCUCGCUUUGUCACGAGAUGACCGAAGCAGUCGACUUGUUGGUCUCGCCGCAUUUAGCGCGGCAAGAGAUUCGGGCGCUCUGUCGCAGCAUGACGGAAGAGGUGGAUGAGCGGGUCGCAGCGGCACGCCCGGCUUCUGUGGCACCACCGGUUUCACGUAUAGUCUCACGUAUAGUCAUUACGCGCUGGGACGCUGAGGAGGAGGCCGAGCUCCGGGAGCUUGUUGAGGAGCACCGCCCGGAGAGCUCAGAAGAUUGGAGGAAAAUAGUGGAACUGCACGGGAACGGCCGGUCAACGUCGGCCGUCAAGAAUAAAUGGAAAGAACUGACCGCGGACGCGAUUCAGGAGGACGAAUGUUCCGAUUUAUCAGUGUCAGUUACGGGGAAGCGCUGGGGCGCCGAGGAGCAGGACGAGCUCCGGGAGCUGGUCGAGGAGCACCACCCGACUGGGUCAAACGAGUGGAGGCAGAUAGCGGAGCUCCUCGGGACUAGCCGGUCUGCCCGGGACGUCGAGGAUAAAUGGGAUGAAUUGGCUGCGGACGCGCACAUUCAGGACGAAUUCUCCGAUUUAUCAUCGUCGCAGCUGCAAAAGGCGAUGCGAGCUAGAAGGAUUGGUCGCGGCUCCCACGACUUGCCGAUUGAUUUUAGAAGAAAACUACGGGCCUUCGAGGCGAAGCGACCGCGGUCCGAGACCGAGUCCGACGACGAUGACGCGCCGACCGAGCCCGACGCGGCCGCGGCGCCGGAGCCCGACGACGCCGCCGCCGACGCGCUUAGGCCGGCCGCGGGCACGCCGGUGCCUGACGAAUCAGCCGACGACGAGGCGGCGGCCGUCGGACGCGUGGUCGGGUGGCGGGCGUCGCUGGGACGAAACAGCCGUGUGUGGGCGUUAUUCGAGCCGGACGUGUGGUGGGGCGGGACGGUCGUUGGUAUUCGUGGUGUCGAGGACAAGCGCAUGUGCAGCAUCAUUUUUGACGACGGCAUUCCGCAAACCUUCUACGCGAGAGACGUGUGGUCUAGCCCGCCGGCAGGCGGCAAAGUCGGCGCGCAGGGGCCCAACGCCCAGGCGCGGACUGCGGUCACGAGGGCCCUCUCGGCCAAGGCAACGACGCCGGUGCGCCCGAAACCGCGGAAGCGCCCGAAAAGGGGCUUCUAUGCCGCCUACGCAGAGAGCUCCGAGCCGGCGCCGAGACCAGCGCCACGACGGAAAAAGAAGCCCGUCGCGCCGUCAGGGAACUGCCCCAUUUGUUACGAUAGAUUCACGGUGGACGCGACGGUCUUCGAGUGCUCCCACGCGAUGUGCGCUUCGUGCUCGGACUCGUACGCAAAGUCCGAAGUGGAGCGGUCGAUGAGCCGGCGGAGCGGCGUGUCGGUCACGUGUCCGCUCUGUCGCGCGCCGUCGAAGGUCGUCCUACCCGAGGAGAUGCAUACGUCGCUGUCCCUGGGCCCGACGAAACGCCGCCGCCGGAGCUCGGACGAGUAACUUCUGCUAGGACCUGU